AUGGAGGCCGUCAACACAAACGGCAAGGAUGCGGUCCGCCUCUGCGAGCACAUCGUCCGCGGAGCCUUUGGCGAGGUUGUCUGUCGUGUCGCUUCCACACUCCUCAACCGCGGCCGCUUGACCGCUCUUAGCAUCUCCAAGCUUGCUGCUCUCGCUCGCCCGACGACCAACGCUGCCCUCCUCAUCCUGAUCCAGCACAACCUCGUCGGUUCGACGGGCGCGUCCCGCCGCGGUCCUGGCGAGGACGAAAUGUACGAGUUUGACGUGCCCGAGUGUCUCCUGCGUCUCAGGUGGGCGCGCAUCCUGGCCUUGACAGAGCAGACGUUUGGCGAAGAGGCCCUCGUCAUUGUCCGCCAGGUGUUCAUGUACGGCAAGCUGUCGAUGCCCGAGAUCCAGUCCGAGUGUGGUGCUACUGGCGACCGCAACAAGGUGCUGUCCCUCCGCCGUACCGUUGUGAAGCUCCUGCGACAGGGAUUCCUGGAGCCCACAUGUGCCGAGCUGCUCAUGCUGCGCUCGGACCAGAUCGACCGUCGUUACAAGUCCAAGUGGGUCGAAAAGUCGGCUGCCAUGGGCACCAAGCUGCACUCUGCGAACACACUUGCCGAGCUGCGCAAGGUGUCGAUCAGCGAGAUCAACGACGAGCGCCGUGCCUUCCGUGACCCGCAGCGCGCGCUCAAAGAGGUCAAAACCAAACGUUCGGCAAAGGACGUCGCGAAGAGCAAGGGAGACCCCGACGAGAAGUGGGAGGUCUUGGACGACGUGCCUCUGCGUGUCAACUACGACAAGUACAAUGUCCUCAUCCGCAACGAGCUCAUUAUCAAGGCGGCCGAGGACAGGUGGAACCGUGCCGCUGGAGAGGUUAUGCGUGCCGUCCUCACUGCCUCGCUCCAGUACCAGCACGACCCCAAGGAGAUGCGCACCGACCAGCCUGUUGGUGUCACUAGCAUCGUGGACCACCUCCCGACCUCGAGCCACAAGCUCCUCAUGGCCGGUAUUGCCGGCCAGAGCUCAAAGAACGUCCCCGAGCUUGUCCGCCAGUACCUGGCCGUCAUGAGCGGCGACGACCUGGCGAGCGACAACACUGGCGCCCGCUUCCUCAGCCACACCGACCACUCUAGCCCGAGCUACUUUGUCGAGAUUGAAAACAUCUGCACGUCCCUCAAGGCGUCGCUCCUCACUGAGCUGGUCCGCGAUCGUAUCGACGACAAGGCCGCACGCGUCCUCGCCGUCGUGGCCCGCGCACACUUUGCGUCAGAAACCAUGGUCCGCGACUGCGCCAUGAUCCCCCUCCGCGAGGCGCGCCAGAUUCUGUCCGAGCUGCAGAAACUGUCUCUGAUCGAUAUCCAGGAAGUGCCCAAGACAGCCGCCAAGGCGCGCAACCCCAUGUUCCCGUCAGCCGACUACCACCUGUGGGGCAUUGACCUGCGCAAGGCCUACGGAUUCUUGCUUGCCGGCGUGUACAAGACUGCUGCCAACCUCGUCCAGCGUCGCGAAAAGGAGGUGGAGAAGCGCGCGGCGCUCCUGGCUAAGAUUGACAGGCCAGAUCUGGAGGGUGUGGAUGUCACAACGUUCCUGAGCGUAAAGGACCAGACCGACCUUGGCGAGCUCAACAAUGCCCUCACCAUGCUCUCGCUGGCGGAGACAAGGACCGACUUGGUCACGAUGAUGCUGCGUGAUCUUCCUGGCGGCAUUCCUGCCAAGUAG